CGCGGCCCGGACGGCGAGCGCUAGGACCCAGCAGGACUCCGGGCCCGGGUGGGAGCCGAGCCGCCGACCCCGGGCGGGCGCCGGGCGCUGGAGCCGGGUGUUCCGGCCGCGAUCGGUGCAGCUCGGCUGGGAGACGGCGCGACCCGGCGGCGGGGCCCCCCGCGAGUCCAGCGCCGCCACAGCCCCCCAAUGCGGCCGCGAGAAGCAGCGGGGGGGCCGGCGAUCGAAGCAGCCUCUAGAAGUGUCGUCUACUGAUUAUGAAGGCACCUCUGUCCUUUCUGGAGCGAUGCUGACCUCCAUUUCCUGGACCCACUCUGACUCAGGAGCCUUCACGUAAAUGGGUCCAGUCAUGCCUGCCACUAAGAAGCCCGAGAGCUCAGGAAUCAGCGUGUCCAGUGGACUGAGUCACUGUUACCGGGGCAGUGGUUUCUCCAAGGCCCUCCAGGAAGAUGAUGACCUCGACUUCCCUCUGCCUGACAUAAGAUUAGAAGAGGGGACCAUGGAAGAUGAAGAGCUGACCAACCUGAACUGGCUGCAUGAGAGCAAGAACUUGUUGAAGAGCUUUGGGGAGUCGGUCCUCAGGAGUGUCAGUCCUGUCCAGGACUUGGACGAUGACACUCCGCCAUCCCCUGCCCACUCGGACAUGCCCUAUGAUGCCAGACAGAACCCCAACUGCAAGCCCCCUUACUCUUUUAGCUGCCUCAUAUUUAUGGCCAUCGAGGACUCUCCAACCAAGCGCCUGCCAGUGAAGGACAUCUACAACUGGAUCUUGGAACAUUUCCCGUAUUUUGCGAAUGCCCCUACUGGGUGGAAAAACUCAGUGAGACACAAUUUGUCACUGAAUAAGUGUUUCAAGAAAGUGGACAAAGAGAGGAGUCAGAGUAUUGGGAAAGGGUCAUUGUGGUGCAUAGACCCAGAGUAUAGACAAAAUCUAAUUCAGGCUUUGAAAAAGACACCUUACCACCCACCUCCCACCCCUCAGGCUUAUCAAAGCACAUCAGGUCCACCCAUCUGGCCAGGCAGUACCUUCUUCAAGAGAAACGGAGCCCUUCUGCAAGAUCCUGACAUUGAUGCCGCCAGUGCCAUGAUGCUUUUGAAUUCUCCCCCUGAGAUACAAGCAGGUUUUUCUCCAGGAGUGAUACAAAACGGAGCGAGGGUUCUGAGCCGAGGGCUGUUUCCUGGCGUCCGCCCAUUGCCGAUCACUCCCAUUGGGAUGACAGCGGCCAUAAGGAAUAGCAUCACCAGUUGCCGGAUGCGGACUGAGAGUGAGCCGCCGUGUGGCUCCCCAGUGGUCAGUGGCGACCCCAAGGAGGACCAUAACUACAGUAGUGCCAAGUCCUCCAAUGCUCGAAGCACCUCUCCGGCCAGCGACUCCAUCUCCUCCUCGUCCUCCUCAGCUGAUGACCACUACGAGUUUGCCACCAAGGGGAGCCAGGAGGGCAGUGAGGGAAGCUUCCAGAGCCAUGAGAGCCACAGUGAAGCAGAGGAGGAUGACAGGAAACCCAGCCAGAAGGAGGCCAAGGAUGCCCUGGGGGACAGCGGAUACGCAUCCCAGCACAAGAAGCGACAGCACUUCGCCAAGGCCAGGAAGGUCCCCAGCGACACACUGCCCCUCAAAAAGAGACGCACGGAAAAACCCCCCGAGAGCGACGAUGAGGAGAUGAAGGAGGCGGCCGGUUCUCUUCUGCACUUGGCAGGGAUUCGGUCCUGUUUGAACAACAUCACCAAUCGGACGGCCAAGGGGCAGAAAGAACAAAAGGAAACCACAAAAAACUGAAACAAGUCUCUGAUUUGUUUUGAACUUAUGGCCAUUUGGUUUCAGCAUGUCAGGAGAUUUCUAAUGAUUUGUGGCAAUAUCAACAAUUUUUUUCCUUUUCUUUUUUCUUUUUCUUUCUUUUUUUUUUUUAUUUGCCUUUUGUUGGUUUGGUUUUCUUUUCUUUCUUUUUUUUUAUUUUUUUAAUUUGCCCCCCACUCCUUUGGUUUUGGACCCUUAAGAAUUUUAUGUUUAAAGGAGAUUGAAGCCAUAGAACUCAUAUUGACACUCAGCCGUUUUACAAAAGCUUUUCUUUAUUUGAAGACAAAAACCGAAAGGAAAAAAACAAACAAACAAAAAGCCAAAAUUAACCAUUUCUUCCUGCAGCCUGUCAGAAAACUGUGGCUGAACCCACAGGGAUGUCAACAUUAAUGUCACAGGAACACUCCUGUGCCACCUAGGUGGCGCACGCAUGCAGGAUCACCACGCUCAGGCCAACCCUUAGGUUUAAGAAGUCAGUUGUGUUCGGAAACUGGGGAGCCAGCUCAGGAACUGAAGAGCUCCGUGUGCCCCUCGGAACGGUGUCCUCUAAGGGUAACACCGUGCUCUGGCACGCCAAUGGCAUUGCCAUAUAGCCAGCCCAGGGCUCAGCUGCCAGUAGUCUGUACUUCUUAAGCCUGAACCUGGUACCAUCUCAUCGGGUGUCAGUGACUAAGGAGGAGAGACAGGGAGAAUUCUUAGAGCCAUUGCUAACCACUGAAUCCUGCUCUAUGUUAAAGUAAGAAGACUUUCCAAAAGCCAUAAGCCUGAAGGUUGGCCUGCGCACACGCACACACGCAUGCACACAUGCACACGAGACUUAAAGCUGAUACAGAAAGCAGGCUGUGUCCUUUUAACUCAAGCCCAAGACAUGACAGUAGCUGUUAAGAAAGGAAAAAUGGUACAGAUUAUUUCCCAUCAAAACAAUCUGAUCCAAGUUUGGGGUGGGGGAGGGUGCUACAGAAACUGCCAUUAGUAUUGAGGUGUCUUUUUAAGAGGUUAAAGGCACAUUGAUGGACACGAAAAGCAAAAACAUGGUAAACAAUACAACUCUUAUACUGCCCCCAAAAAGGGCUUGCAAUUAAUGUCAGGACUCAUUUCUUCUUCUUCU